AUGGCUGCAUUGGUUAUGGUGUUUUGGGUGUGGCUGGCCUUCAACAUUCCUCCUAUCACCCCUUCUGGGAGGGGUCUUAGUCAUCAUGACCAAAAAAGAAAGCUUGCUUCUACUAUUCCUGGUUUCAUAAGCAUCGACUGUGGCGCAACUCUGCAGAACUAUGAUGACUCCAACAUGUUUUACCAGACAGAUACAGGGUUUAUAAGCGCUGGAGUGAAUUCACAGAUAUCCUCAGAGUUCAUCAACUCAAGCCUUAACAUGGAGCUGAGGACCUUGAGAUAUUUCCCAGAAGGAGAACAGAAUUGCUACACCUUGAAGCCUGAGCAAGGCAGAUCAAACAACUAUCUCAUCAGAGCUGUGUUCAUGUAUGGAAACUAUGAUGGCAAAAAUGAAACUCCAGUGUUCCAAUUGUAUCUUGGGGUUAAUUCAUGGACAACGGUGAAAGACUCAUAUGUUGUACAUGAGAUCAUAUAUGCUCCCUUGACAGAUGCCAUACAAGUGUGUCUUGUGAACAAAGACAAUGGAACACCAUAUAUUUCUGCACUGGAAGUUAGGCAAUUGGACAACUCCCUCUACCAAUCAGGUAAUGGAGCACUGGCCUUGACUUCGCGAAUCAACCUUGGUGGCUCGAAUAAGAUAAUCAGGUACGCGGACGAUAUAUAUGAUCGCAAAUGGAAUCAUGAUCAGAAAAAUGAAUGGAUCCCAGUGACAUUGGCACCCAACUUGACAAUUGAGAUCAGCAACAAUGGCUACAAAGUACCAGACAAAGUGUUAGGAACUGCUGUCAAGAACCUUAGUUCAAGAGAAUUGACAGGAAAUAUAGCUGUUUCAUUCUCCAACCUCAGAACGAUAGAAUCUUUGGAUCUAUCACACAAUCAAUUGACAGGUCCAAUUCCAGAAUUUCUAGCGCAACUGCCAUACUUGAGAGACCUCAAUUUAAUGGGGAACCAGCUUGAAGAUGCAGUUCCCAAGGCUCUUAUGGAAAAGCACAAUAGCGGAGGGUUAACAUUAAAUUUGGAUGGAAAUCCAGAUCUUUGUUUGGUGGGUUCAUGCAAAGGAAAAAACAGGAAGGUUGUCGCCAUUGUUGCACCAACAGUAUCAGUUGUGGUCUUCAUAAUACUAUGUGCUCUAGCAAUCUAUCAUAUCCGUGAAAAGAAAAGAAAAGGGACGAGAAGAGAAUGGUCACUGAAAGCAAAGAAUUGGAGAUUUACGUACUCUGAGAUUGUGAAUAUCACCAAUAACUUCAAAUCUGUUAUUGGAGAAGGUGGAUUUGGAAGAGUCUACCACGGCAGCCUAACACAUGGAAUUGAAGUUGCUAUCAAGGUGCUUUCUUCAUCAUCAAGACAAGGGUCCGACGAAUUUCAAAAUGAGGUGGAUCUCUUAUUCGGAAUUCAUCACAAGAACUUGGUUUCUCUUUUUGGAUACUGCAAUGAAGGUGGAAAUAUGGCACUCGUUUACGAUUAUAUGGCCUGUGGAAAUUUGCAACAGCAUCUAUUAGCAGGAAAGGGCAUUGGAGAUAUAGUUGAUCCAAGAUUAGAAAGCUAUAACAUAAAUUCUGCCUGGAGAGCCAUAGAAGUGGCAAUGGCUUGCAUACCAUCAAUAGCAAUCCAGAGGCCAGACAUCAGCUAUGUCUAUGAUGAGUUGAAGGCAUGUUUGAAAAUGGAGAUGGCUUCUGAGAAACCUCAGAUAAUGGAAGGCUACCAGACCUGGUCGAGCAGUUCAAUUCAUACCACUCCUUUGGACCCCAAAGUUGAAAUGCACCAUACUUGCUAG